AUGUCCAAUUUGGAGAAAGUUACUGAGCCCUUUGAUGUGGCAGAAUCAAACAAGUCUUACAGUGAGGCUCAAGGGGAAAAGGAGAUGGAAGCAGAUCUUCCUAUAUUAAUCGAAGACUCAGAGGAGGAAGGAGAAGCUAUGGAGUUGCGGGAAAUUAAGGAUUACGUCAAACUUUCACAAGAGGUCCCUCAGGAACUCAGUUCUCCUGGUAGUCCUUUAAUGGUUACUUUACCAAGGUCUGCUGUGGACCUGGCCGAAAAACUUUCUUCACUUUCUGAGGCCAGUCUUCAACGCAUUGGGGACUUUCUUCCAUUUCUGGAGAGCAAGAAAAAUGCUCAAAUAGGGAGGGAUGGUCUCAAAGCUGAGCUCAAUCAGGAGGAAGAGAUUUCUGAAAAGCAGGAGAAUUUAGUAGAGUGUGGCAAGGUUAUGGCGGAGCUUCAUGAAUGUGAGGAAAGCCAAAUGCUCCAAGUGGAGGCUUCCAUUAGGCGUCAGAUGGAACGUCAUUUGGGCGUUUUUCAGAGCGCUCUAAGUGGGAUCCCCCAGUCAAAGACCCCUGAAAAUCUGGCUGCGGCAAAGCGUCCCCACACAAAUGAAGAAAGCUCAGUUGUUGGAGACUCCCAAGCAUCAGAUGCUUUAUCAAAGAGAGUAAAGACCAAGAGUUCAGUGCCUCUUCAAGUGACAUCAGCUUCAGUAAAGAGAGAGGUAAAACAAGGGGCUUUAGGUUUUGACAUGGAGGAGGAGCUUCUGGAUUUGCUGAAUCCUGGGCAUUGCUAUCAUCCCUUCAGAGGGAGUCUAUUUGAACCAGAGGAUCCAAUCAGUUACAAGUGCAACGUUUUUAAGCAUUUUGGUCUGGACAUACAAAAGCUGGAAAGGACUCAAAGCAUUUUCUCCCGGAUGGACGAGAUUUUAAGUCAGAAGAUGUUCCUGGAGGUCUUCUCUGCGGAUUUCCUGUGCUCAGACCCCAAGAGAGCUGUGUCUGGACGUUUCAUUGUGGGAUCAUCACUUAGGAUUGAGAAUUCCUCUCAGAGGAAAUUUAUAAUAUCAAAAGUAGGGGACAAAGCCUGGGUUCUGGGAGAGGGAGGUUUGGAGUUUGCGGAUAUGGCAUCUCUGUCUCGUUAUGUUCAAAUCCUAAAAGAGCAACUGCUAAAUUCCGCCAAGUCAGGUCUGCGGGACGAGCUUCACAAAAAAUGGCUGAAACAUCGCCACAUCACCUGGGACGAUUUCAUUGACGUGGCAGAGAUGUACCGUCUGAACCACCCAAAAGCAGCCAGCGGAAAUUCCUCUGGCAAAACCGGUCCCAAACAAAAGAUCAAUCUCCCACCAAAACAAUGGUGUGAGUUCCACAAGAAGGACGUCAGACACAGCUCACAGGAAUGCAGAUUGCGCCUUUGCCAAACAGGUUCCGCACAAUCCACCGCGGAUGCCACGUCAACGCAACAGUUGGAAAGACUGGUAAGUCUGCAGGCAAAACUGGCUACCUUCAACUUUGAGCUGUUACAUCCGGCCGGCAAGGCUCUGCAAGCACCAGACGCCCUUAGCCUCAUCUCAUUAAACAAUGCCGUUGCCAGAACGCAACCAAGUGAGCAAGAACGUACAGCCAUUAUCGAUGCCUAUCAUGCGGAACUGGGAAAUCCGGGCUGGAAGAAGGUCCUUCUCACUUUACGCGACUGCUUCGAUGGCCGAGAAUGCGACAGGACGUUUGGAAAUGCAUCUUGUCCUACACUGACCCAAAUCGAAGCCAAGGCUGUUCAAGGCAACGACACCUCUUGGGCCACGCAUCUCCAGGCCUCAGUGAAAGCCUACAACAGCACUAUUCACUCCGCUACCAACGUGACGUCCACCGAGGCUAUGUUUGGAAAACAUACCAUCCUCAAAGCGGACCACACAUUCUGGGCAGCAACAUUGAACGACAAAAUCUCUCUCAAGUCCAUCCAGCAGCAUGUGGAGCAACAUUGGGCCCAGUUCAUCGCCCAAGCAAACAAACAUAAACUACCCCAAUUUCAGCCCGGGGAUUCCAUCUCUAUCUUUCCUCAACUACCAACCGUCAAAAAACAUGCAGCUAAUUGUCAAUUCUGCCCCCAAUGUAUAGGUCCUUUCAUUGUUAUAUCUUACCAAGGCAACAGGGAGUACCACGUAGGAGCCAGCCCUGAUGUGAGACAGGCCAAUGCAUGGGAAAUGGUCCCCUACCACAGACUACCACAACCCUCAAAUCCCAGAUUUGAAAAGCAGUUGGGCCUCAUCCAUGUCGGAUCCAACAAGGACAACAUUGUGCUACCACCAAUGUGA